UUUGACUACAUUAUAGCUUAGCAUAUAAACUCAAUUUCAUUGCAUUUUCAUCUUUUUUCAUUGUGUGUUUCUUGGUAAGGCUAUGUUGGAGAAAGGGUAGCGAGUUUGGAUUUUCUUGGUAACCCCUUCCAGGUUCAUGGACAAAUGUGGUGCACAUUUGACUACUUUUUUGCUAACUUAGACGAGAAUAUAUGGUAAAUAUUGUCCCCUUACACGUGGAAGAUCCACUUUGUCCUGCGGUCACAAAAGCUAUUUCUGUCUGGACCAUCCACUAUUGAAUGGUAACGGGGACACAUUUUCUCCUUAUUUUAUUUUUUAUGUUUGAUGUUAAGCCUGAAAGAAGAGAACAUUUUAUUCAUCAACCAGAGGGAAAGAUAGCAGUAGUGUCUGAUUAGUUGAUGAGUCAAUUUCUCACAGAGGCAUUUUUGCCUUUAUGCUGCAUACCAGUUAACACAGUUGUCCUAAAAUGAUUAAUACUUUUGAUUAAUGUAGUUUGCUGCUUAGAGGUUUCGAUAUGCCUCUCUGCUUGAGGAUUUGGCAGGAUUGAAGCAUUUGCUUCAUGCAGUUGUAUAUGCAUUUGGUUUAAACAAGGCAACGUGGGGGGUUCAAACAUGAUAAAAAACGAGAAAAUAUUGUUAAAACCCUGUAGCUUGCUUGCAAAUUAAAAACACUUUUGAACGUCCUGAUUGAAUGGCAAUCAGGGUAUAUAAUAAGAUGUUACUGAAGGGCCUGGGUGCAUUUUUGCUAUGAGGUUGAAAUUUCAUUUAACUUCCCAUGCAUUGCAAAAGUCGAGAAUCAGACAUAGAAAAUGAGAACGUAACAAAGCAAUGAAGUUGGUUGAUUUUGUGGAAAAUGGACCUGAAAUUAUUAACCUGAACCGGUUGGUUUUGUGGAUGGGUUGAUCCGGUGACUUGUGCGCUGCUUUGAAUGAUAUUGAAAGGGUGGUGUGAACAAAUGGAAUUUAGACACGUCUUCAUCAAGGAUUGACUACUAUAGAAAAAUAGCAUGAACUUUAACAUUUGGUUGAGGUUGACACAUGGUUUUAUAUUAUUAUUGUCCCAUGCUACGAGGCUAUAUAUUUGUAGAUGCAGCGGUGUCCUUAUUAUUACUUAUCUAAAUAAAAAAGACAACCCUUUGGAGGAGUGUCAUUGGAGAAAGAAAUUUACUCAAAAUAUGUUUCUGGCUUCAAAUUGCAGUUUUAUGGCUCAUCCAAAUUUCUUGCUGCCUGGGGCUGGUUUGAAGGACCAAAAGGAUGGAAUUGCUACAGGCCAUUGCACAAUGGUAGCCCGCAAUUUAAACAUGGAAAGGUUGCAAAGUAACUAUUUGUUUCCUGAGAUAUCAGCACGUGAACUUGAACAUGUUAAGAAAUACCCAAAUGCAGAGGUGAUCAGCCUUGGGAUAGGUGACACUACAGAACCAAUACCAGAAUUAAUAACUUCAGCCAUGUCUGAUUGUGCACUUUCACUUUCAACAAUUGAAGGUUAUAGAGGGUAUGGAGCUGAGCAAGGCAACAUGGAACUAAGGAAAGCAAUUGCACAAACAUUCUAUGGCAAUCUACCUAUAAAAGAUACGGAAGUUUUUGUAUCAGAUGGUUCACAGUGUGAUAUUUCUCGCCUUCAGCUGCUUCUCGGUUCCAAUGUGACAAUUGCUGUACAGGAUCCAUCCUUUCCAGCUUAUAUAGAUUCAAGUGUCAUAAUUGGUCAGGCAGGUGAUUUUCAAUAUGAAACAGGGAAGUAUACAAACAUUGAGUACAUGAAAUGUGGGCCUCAGAAUAAUUUCUUUCCUGAUUUGUCAAAUACUUCAAGGACAGAUGUCAUCUUCUUCUGCUCUCCGAAUAAUCCAACUGGCUACGCAGCAUCCAGGGAGCAAUUAGAGCAACUUGUGGAAUUUGCUAGGGAAAAUGGAUCAAUCAUCAUGUAUGACUCUGCCUAUGCUGCUUACAUCACAGAUGAGAGUCCUCGAUCGAUAUAUGAAAUUCCUGGAGCCAGAGAGGUUGCCAUUGAAGUUUCUUCAUUCUCCAAGCUUGCUGGGUUCACUGGUGUCCGACUUGGUUGGACAGUGGUACCGGAGGAGCUCUCAUUUUCAAAUGGAUUCCCUGUGAGAAAUGAUUUCAACCGCAUUGUUUGCACUUGCUUUAAUGGUGCUUCCAUCAUAGCUCAAGCUGGUGGGUUAGCAUGCCUUUCCCCAGAGGGUGUCAAGGCAACGCUAUCUCUGGUAGACUACUACAAGGAGAAUACUCGAAUCUUGGUUGACUCUUUCGCUUCACUUGGCUUAGAGGUAUAUGGCGGCGUAAAUGCACCAUAUGUUUGGGUUCAUUUUCCUGGUUCAAGGUCUUGGGAUGUGUUCAAUGAGAUUCUUGAGAAGACACACAUAAUCACAGUUCCAGGAAAUGGGUUUGGCCCCGGAGGUGAAGAAUUCAUAAGGGCUACUACCUUUGGACGCAGAGAAACCAUACUAGAAGCAUCGGCAAGGCUAAAGAGCCUUUUUCGAUAGACAAAUUAAGGUUUCAUCCUGCUUACCUUACCAUCAUCCCUUGCAACCGUGACUGUUCAAUUUAACAAACUGAGGUCUGAAGAAUAAUUCGAGUUUUACUUAUGUUUGUCUGUCAAAUGUUGAUGUGCUAUUAUAAAAGAAAUACAGAUGUUCUUAUGCUCAAACUAAAAUUUGUAUAUAUUAUGUAUGAAUCUACAUUGGGGGCUCAAAUCCAGCUGAUCCGGUUAGUAAUUGCAUCUGAUUCAAAUGGGCUUGUUUGGUCCUGCCUUUUCUGCGUUAGAUUCAUUAUGUAAAGGGCUAUUUAUCGGGUACCCUGUUGGGAAUUUGUCUUUUUUUACACCCCCUGUUUGAUAAUAUACUUAAUUUUUUAUCUC